UUUAGACCAUGAAUUAUUCAACAGCGCAUCAGAACACUUCUACAAAUAUCACCAAUGAAGAAUGUGAUCUGUAUUUUCACCGCAAUACAGCCAGAAUCUUUUUACCUUUUGUCUACUCUAUCAUAUGUAUCGUUGGUAUCUUUGGGAAUAUCCUGGCUAUAUUGGCCAUAAAAAAGAAACAGAAGAAAGUUAAUUCAACGACACUUUACUCCAUGAGCCUGGUGGUCUCAGACAUUUUCUUUGCAGCUAUUUUACCUGCACGGAUAGUGUACUACGCACGUGGAUUUAACUGGCCAUUUGGUGAAGUAUUUUGCAGAAUAACUGCACUUAUUUGUUACAGCAACAUAUACGCUAGUGUAAGCUUCAUGACCUGCCUAAGCGUGGAUCGGUUCAUCGCUGUCAUAUAUCCAAUCCGCUAUUCCAAAUUUAGAAACAUCCGAAACGUCAAAAAGAUAUGCAUAGUUAUCUGGUGCAUUGUACUUUGCCAAACUGUACCACUGUUACUGAUAACAAUGUCCAAAAAAGUUCAAGGCAACCUCAUAACCUGCAUGGAAUAUCCAAAUUUUGAACAAUUGCCAAGACUCCCAGAAAUUCUCCUUAUUGCUUGCAUUGUGGGUUACAUCCUACCUAUGGUCUUUAUGGUGUUUAGUUAUUCCAAAGUCAGUUCAAAACUCAUCAGGACAGCGAAACAGAAUCCUUUAACUGAACGAUCCGGACGGAACAAAAAAGCCAACAAUGUUAUCCUUCUUGUCCUUUUCGUGUUCUUCAUAUGUUUCACCCCAUACCACGUGGUCAUUAUGCAGCACAUGGUCAAAAAGCUGCAGUAUACACCAACCUGCCAGGAACAACAGUAUUUUCAAAUGGCUCUCCAUAUAACUGUUUCUAUAAUGAACUUAAAUUGCUGCCUGGACCCUUUCAUCUAUUUCUUUGCCUGCAAGGGCUACAGAAGCAUCGUCUUCAAGAUGAUCAAGCGGUCUGUUAGUGUAUCCAUUUCAAGUGGAAUUAAGAGUACAGCGGACAACUGCUCCCCUGGCACAAGGAGUAUCUUGCAGGCAGCAAGGACGGGUUCUGAUGGCAAUUUAUAGAACAUUUUGUUGUAAUUCGUGGAUAUGUAAACCACAGCAAUAACCGGAUCCUUAACCGGAUCCAUUCGCAGAGUGUGUAUUGCCUGAUUACCGCUCCAAUCCGCACUCUAAACACAUUCACUCCCAUACACCAUGGUUGCAGUAAAGUUUCAUCCACAAGAUGCACUGCAGCAACACAUCACAGUUCCAUUGACAGUACCUUUCAACCUCUGUCUGGUCGCCCACAUCCCUCCUCAGAUAAACGAGAGAACAGAUAUGAGAAAAGCAGCACUUUCACGUUACGCUUGGUAAUAUUUGGAAAUAAUAUUUGCAGUUUCCUUAAUGACAUUGCAUCAACAUCCCAGACAAUGCUUUCCAACAGUACCUCACCAAGUGGACUGCAGCGGUUCAACAAGACUGAUCAGCAACAAUUAAUGAUGAACAGUAAAUAGUGGCCUUGUCUUCAACAGGAUGAAGGAUAAAUGAUUUUAAUUUAUAUUUUGUAGUUUUCUCUUAUCUUGAAAUUUAAUUACGUAAAAUAUUAAAGAGAUAAUGUCAAUAAUUUUCCAUUUGUCUAUUCCAUGAGGGGGCUAUGAGUGAUAACUUAAUGUUUGCAAUGGUGUGAGAUUUAUUCACUUAGUGCAAAAACAAACUCCUUUUUGAACUCAGCAGGUCAGGCUGCAUUUGUGGAUGGAAAUGGAUAGAUGACAUUUCAGGUUGGUUCAUUUCUUCAUGGUUGGAGUAGAGGGGACGUAUCUAUUCCCUUUACUGCCGUCUUGAAAAAGGGUCCUGACUUGAAAUGUCAUCUGUCUACUUUCCUCUACAAUGGUGCGUGACCUGCUGGUUUCCUUGAGCAUUUUGUUUUUUCGUUCAAGAAUCCAGCAUCUGCAGUCUCUUUGGCUUCCAUUUCUUCACUUUGAUUGGGUUACACAUUCAACUUUGCUCAAACAUAGCUUCUCAUUCAACGUAACUU